AUACUUUGUGUAUGCAGUAGUAUUGCUGGUUUCCGAGAAAAAUAUUUAGAUUAAUAAUGUCUAAAUUUAUCAACUCACCAAGUCGGCUAUUCCUUCUAGCUAUUUUCAUAUAUGUAGUUUUAACUCCAAAAGCAUUAGUUGACGCAAGAAGGAUUUCGAAUGCUGUGAACAAAUCAAUAAUCAAAACUAUUCAGGUUGACAAUGAUGAAAUCAUUGACUGUUAUGAUAUCUUCAAGCAACCUUCUCUUGAUCAUCCUUCACUUCGUAACCAUACAAUACAGAUGAGGCCAAGUGUGUUUCCGAAAAAUACAAAAUUAGACAAUUUGGGAACUCUCCAACUUACACAAACCUGGCAUAAGUAUGGAACAUGUCCACAUGGAACUAUUCCUAUUCGACGGAACACCCGAAAACAUUACGAUUCAACACUUUUCCGCAAACAACUUCGUCCAAAACCUUUUCACAGCAAGAAGCCUAAUACAUUACAGCCAAAUGAAGAUCCGGAGAUCCAUGAGUACGCUGUGAUAAAAAUGCGUGGAAGUUUUAUAGGAGCACAAGCAAAAAUAAAUCUUUGGAAUCCGACAGUGGAAUCAUCAUCUGAAAUGAGUGUAUCUCAAAUCUGGGUUGAAGCUGGUCCCUAUGAAGAGCUUAAUACCAUUGAAGCUGGAUGGACAGUGGACCAAUUCUACUUCAAUGAUACCCAGACCAGAUUCUUUAUAAUGUGGACGGGCGAUGGCUACAAACACGGUUGCGUCAACCUAUUAUGUCCUGGUUUUGUGCAAACAUCCUCGGAAAUUGGUCUUGGUUGUAAUUUUACAGAAGUGUCCACUUUCAAAGGCGGCCAGAAAGAUGCCACCUUCAGUAUACACAAGGACCAAAAUAGUGGAAAUUGGUGGGUACAAUUACAAGGUAUUUCCGUGGGCUAUUAUCCAAGUUCUAUAUUCAAGCUAUUAUCAAAGACAGCAGAUCAUGUAGAAUUCGGUGGAGAAAUCACCAACGCAAGAUCUAACGGAAGACAUACUACCACUCAAAUGGGUAGUGGUCAUUACCCUUUGGACGGAGGUCUUGGAAUAUCCAGUUAUUUUAGUCAUGUUCAAGUAAUGACUGAAAAUAACGAAAUUAUCGACGACCCUGUAAAUGUGCAGCUGUACACCUCGAAUCCGAAUUGCUACGAUUUGAAAGUUGACGAGAAGCGUACGAAUGGUUAUAGUUUUUACUAUGGAGGUUCAGGCUAUAAUGAUAAAUGUCAACAGUAAAGUACCUAAGUGGUCUGCGAUUUUAGGAUUAAACCCAAUGGUGAGCUGUUGAGUAGGCUGAAAUUGAGAUAGGGUUGAGCGAGUAUUUUAAGUUGAAAAGAUACUAUCUUUGUUAGCGAUCAAUUAAUAACUUGACACUGCUAUUAGCAGAGGUCACUAGUUUCUCUUA